AUGCAACAGACACACUGCGCUGGGUGUAGUGCACAGUUUACGUUCACUAAAGCAAAGCAUGUUUGCCGUGCAUGCAACGAUUCAUUUUGUCACUCUUGUUCCUCCGGUAAAAGGGCUGUACCCGAGAAGGGCCACCAUGAAGCAGUCCGAGUAUGCGACAUCUGCUUGCAUGCCGUUGACCGUCGAGCGAAGCUGCUGGGCUUUUCCAGCACGCACUCAUCACUACCGCCAAAUGCAUCCGCGAAAUCGUACUUUUCUGACCCGGGGACUAUGAAGCAACGAGAAGCCCACGCGAAUGCGAUGGACCGAUUGAAGAGGAUCUACAAAGCGAAGAUCAGACCUAUCGAGCAAGCAUACAAGUUUUCCGAGUUUUAUGCAACAGAAUUAGCAGAUGGAGAUUUUGACGCACGUCCAUUCGUACUAUUAGUUGGUGGCUACUCUGUCGGAAAGACGUCAUUCAUCCGGUAUAUGCUAGAGCGCGACUUUCCGGGUGCGCGCAUCGGACCGGAACCCACAACAGAUCGCUUUCUUGCUGUCAUGGCGGGGCGGCCUGGUCAGGCGGAAGGCGUGAUGCCUGGUAAUGCGGCUGCUGUGGAUGUAGAACGGCCUUUUUCAUCGCUUUCGCGCUUUGGCGUAAGCUUUUUGAGCCGUUUUGAAGUUUCCGAGCUUGCCUCCCCCAUCCUUGACAAUAUCAGCUUCAUCGACACUCCCGGCAUCCUGAGCGGGGAAAAGCAGCGUGUGGAACGUGGUUACUCGUUCGAACACGUGGUGGAGUGGUUUGCGGAACGCGCGGACCGCAUCCUCUUGCUGUUUGACGGCAACAAACUGGACAUAUCAGACGAACUGAAACGGGUCAUCGAGUGUCUCAAAACGCACGACGACAAGAUUCGAAUCGUGCUGAACAAAGCGGAUAUGGUCGGCCCACAACAGCUAAUGCGAGUUUACGGGGCGCUGAUGUGGUCGCUAGGAAAGGUGAUUCGCUCGCCCGAAGUGCUGCGGAUCAACGAACUUGUAAAACGGGCGCGGCUAGCACGAGUACACGCAUUGUUGGUGACGCAUUUGCGCGCAAGUAUGCCGUACCUGUGGGGUCACAAGAAGAAACAGGAGCGGCUUGCCCUGCGGUUAAAGGACGAGUAUGUCAAGGUGCAGAAAGCGCACGGGCUGGCUAUCGGGGACUUUCCGUCCGUGGACAAGUUCCGGGCGGGGCUGGAAGCGUUCGACCUGUCGGAAUUCCCGAACCUCUCUAAGCGGCUCCUGGACGUGGCGGAGGGGGCGUUGGCGCGGGACAUCCCGAAGCUGAUGCUAGAGAUCGGGAUGUCGGCCGAGGAGUCUGGACGGGCCAAGCACGCGGCGGGCGACGAGGAGCGCGACGGGGGGAACCCGUUCGGCGAAGUGGGGGGGCGCAAGGACGACGGGAUGAAGUGGGCGGUGUCGGACGCGGCCAAGGCCAAAUGGGACGCGGUGUUUCAAGGGCUGGGGCCGAGCGGCGAGCCCCCGGCGCUGACCGGAGCGCAGGUACGCGGGCUGAUGCUAGACAGCGGGCUGCCGGCGCCUGCGCUUAAGCGGAUUUGGGACUUGGCCGACGUGGACGAGGACGGGUUGCUGGACGGGGAGGAGUUUGCGCUAGCGAUGACGCUGAUCAAGAAGGCGAGAGGAGAGGGUAUCUCAGGGAUUCCCGAGGUGCUGCCGACGGAGUAUGUGCCGCCAAGCAAGCGCUAG